AUGUCUCCGCCACUGCUUGGUGCUGGGGAGGAAGCGAAUCAGAGUAACAUCACUUUGUUGGCUUCUCCGGCCUCCUUGGGCCGUAAUAUAUUUCAUAACAUCUCGGGACUGAGAGAGCAUAACUACAUGGGGUUGUCUGAUUGUUCUUCCGUAGGUAGCUCUACAAUAUCCACCACAUCGGGAGACAAUAAUGGCUGUCUGAAUUUGAAGGCCACAGAAUUGAGGCUUGGGCUUCGUGGAUCCCAGUCUUCAGAGAGGGAUUCAGAGUUUUCCUUGCUGUGCUCGCCAAAUCUCGAAGAGAAGCCACUUUUUCCUUUGCAUCCUUUGAAGGAUGGUAAUUAUUUGUUAUCACAUAAGACGGUUGGUCCUGGCAACAAAAGGGGUUUCUCAGAUGUUAUGGAGGGUUUUGCAGAGAGAACAUUUCUUGUCAGUUCGGAGGUAAAUGUGAUACUCUCACCCAGGCCUUCGCUGAACUCAGUUUUGAAAUCAGGUUCUGUGAAAGAAAACACUGGAACCCAACCAACCAAAACAAAAGAAGUGAUUUCCAAGAACACAGCUCAAGAGAAGCCUCGCACUAUUAGUGAGAUCGUUGCAGAUCGCGUUGGCACUGCAAAUAACAACAGCAGUGCACCUGCUACAAAGGCACAGGCUGUGGGUUGGCCGCCUGCUAGAUCGUUUAGGAAGAACACAUUGGCUUCUACUUCAAAGAAUGCUGAGGAAGUUGAUGGAAAAGCAGGACCCGGUGCAAUGUUUAUUAAGGUCAGCAUGGAUGGUGCUCCUUAUCUAAGGAAAGUGGACCUGAGAUCAUACUCUGCAUAUCAGGAGCUCUCUUCUGCCCUUGAGAAGAUGUUUAGCUGCUUUACCAUAGUUGACUUAUUUUACAGUUUCAAAUGGUACAACAAUCGUAACAAAUGGACGCAAGUAUUGAGUAAUGGAUAUCAUCCUUGUCUUUUGCAUGGGUACUGUUACUGCUCUUUUGGUAUGAUAUCAGGUCAGUAUGGGUCUCAUGGACCUCCAGGGCAGGGAUAUGCUGAUUGAGCGCAAGCUGAAGGAUUUGCUGCAUGGACCUGAGUACGUCCUUACUUAUGAGGAUAAAGAU